GAGGACCGCGAUGCUUACUUCUGCAGCUCUCUGUCCCUCUUUCUCUCAUUCGCCUUACCAGAUAUUAUAGUGCAUUUCAACUUUUGUACUGGCACACAGGCAAGGGGAAGUUUGGAUUCCAUUUUGACCACAAUUUACCUCUUGUUUCCUGUAAUAAAUAUGAGAGGUCGGUUUGUUGUCACUUUUCUUUGGAAUUUAAUAUGUGCCAUUUCUUAUGCUGUUUUACGGGUAGGAUAAGGAAACAACAAAAAGGUGUGACAAGAGCUUGGCGGACAACUGUGGAUUUCUGCGAGUAACUCCUACCGUCCAAAGGAGAUGAGGGGGGCAUCGGCCGGACCCCCCUCUUGAUUGAUCACUUAUUAGUCAUCCCUUUGGCUAAAUGGGACCCAUUGAAAAGGCACCGUGGAACACAUACAUGAAUCAAAUAUUCCUGUGUCCCCUGAAUGUCUCCAGAGUAGUUUUGCUUAAGAGAGGGGGUCGUGGCUUAGCAUUAUAAAGAGGGAAAAACAGCAUAGCUUUAUGGGUUUAUUUAGACAGUUUCUACGGUUUGACAUUCUACCGCUGUAAAAAAGACAGAAGGAAAAACUCGAGAGGAUUCCAAAGAGGAGAACAUUGUGGAGAUACAUUUUUUGUAGUUAUUCCGUUGUUUCUUUAUUAUUUUUUUUCUUUUAAAUAUUUUUUUGCCAUUUCCUCUCCCGAAAAAUGAAACUUUGGACAUCUCCCUGGGUGCCUUGCCUGGUGAUUCUCAUCUUGUGUUUUGGAUCAGAGUGCGGGACAGUCCGGAGAAAGGGGAGAUCCAAGAGGGAGUUGGUGCGCAUUAGGGAGGCGAAAGCCACCAUCCCAGGGGCUUGUGCCACACGUCUGCCCCGGGGCAAACGCUCUUUGCCCGGCUUGGAGCGACGGGUGCUUCGCCAGCGUCUGCGCUCCUCUCAGGCGGAGGAAAACUCUCCAGACCGGGGGAAAGCUGUCUAUUUCACCGGCAGGGGAGAUCAGCUACGGCUGAAGCCCGGCGUGGAGAUACCCAGAGGAAAUUUCACUCUGGAGAUGUGGAUCAAACCGGAGGGAGGUCAACGAUCACCCACAGUGAUUGCAGGCCUAUACGACAAAUGUUUCUACGCCUCCAGUGAUCGAGGCUGGCUGCUUGGCAUCCAGGCAGUUAGUGAACACGGAAAUCGUGACCCCCGCUUCUUCUUCUCCCUUAAAACUGACCGUGCCCACAAAGUGACCUCCAUCCACUCCAACGCUCGCUAUGUACCCAACCAAUGGGCACAUGUGGCUGUCACAUAUGAUGGCGUGUACAUGAAGCUCUUUGUCAACGGCGCCCAAGUGGGUGUCAGUCGGGAGCAAUCGGGUGAUGUCUUCAGCCAUUUGACAAAAAAGUGCAAAGUGCUGAUGAUUGGGGGGAAUGCACUGAAUCAUAAUUACAGGGGGGCAGUGGAGAGGGUGGGCCUAUGGCGGCAAGCCAGAGGGCAGAGGCAGAUUGUCAGGGAUAUGCAGGGCCAUGAGGACCUCCAAGAUCUACCUCAGCUGGUCAUACGAGAAACAUUCGAGCAUCCGGGCCGCAAGUGGCUGACUGUAAAAGAUGGUAGCUUCCCUCAGCCUGAGCAUGGGGGAGGUGGACGAUUAGGGUUUCUUGGUGGUGGUGGUGGAGUUGUACAUUCUGAGGGAUUUUUGGACACAACGCUGGACCCUCCAACUUGUGGUCAAACUGUCUGCGACAAUGUUGAGGUCAUCAAAAACUACAACCACCUUUGGAACUUCCGCCGACCCAAGAAAGUACGAUAUCGUGUCAUAAAUGUUUGGGACGAUGCACGGAUGAGGCCAACUGUGUCAGACCACCAGAUCAGCCUGCAGCACCAGCAGCUCAACGAUGCCUUUAGCCCCUACAACAUCACCUGGGAGCUAAGCAUUCACAAUGUGACCAACUCCUCCCUUCGAAACCGCUUGAUUCUAGCUAACUGUGAUAUCAGCAAAGUUGGCGAUGAUGCAUGCGAUCCAGAAUGCAACCAUCCGCUGACAGGGUUUGAUGCAGGUGACUGCAUGUCCGGGCAUCGGAGCCGUUGCCCUGAGCACAAGCAGGGUAAUGGUGUGUGUGACCCUGAAUGUAACUGGGAGAACUUCUUCUAUGACCUCGGCGACUGCUGUAACCCCAAUGUGACGGAUGUGACCAAGACCUGCUUCAACCGCUCAUCUCCACACAAAGCUUAUUUGGAUGUGAAAGAGCUGAAAGAGAUUCUGCAUUUGGAUGGCUCGACUCACCUGAAUGUCUUCUUUGCCAAUUCUUCUGAUGAAGAUCUGGCGGGGGUUGCCACUUGGCCCUGGGACAAAGAGGCCCUCACACAUUUGGGUGGGAUUGUGCUGAACCCUUCCUUCUAUGGUACAUUUGGUCACACUGACACAAUGGUCCAUGAGAUCGGCCACAGCCUUGGGCUUUAUCACGUGUUUCGAGGUAUAUCCGAGAUCGAGUCGUGCAAUGACGCAUGUUUGGAAACCGAGCCCUCUAUGGAGACUGGAGAUCUGUGUGCGGAUACCAACCCCACGCCCAAAUACAAAGGCUGCCACGAUCCAGAACCAGGCAACGAAACCUGUGGCUGUCGGCAUUUCACCCACACGCCGUUUAACAACUACAUGAGUUAUGCAGAUGAUGCCUGUACAGACUCCUUUACACUGAACCAGGUUGCCAGGAUGCACUGCUACCUGGACCUCAUCUAUCAGACCUGGCAACCCGCCUCCAAACCUCCUCCAGUGCCAAUGUCACCCCAAGUGGUUGAGCAGCAUCAUAAUUCCAUCACCCUGGAAUGGUUUCCACCCAUUUCUGGACACUUUUACGACAGAGAAGUGGGAUCAGUGUGUGAUAAAUGCACUGAGGGGAGAGUUCUACUGCAGUAUGCCUCCAACUCCUCCUCCCCACGACCGUGUGCCCCUUCUGGACAUUGGUCCCCACGAGAGGCUGAAGGCCCUCCAGAUGUGGAGCAGGCUUGUGAGCCAAGUGUGCGCACCUGGAGCCCGAAUGCAGGAAUUGAACAAGGUGUUGUAGGCCUGUCAGAGUGCCCUCUACAGGGCUGCAUGCUCCAGCUAGAGUUCCUUUACCCACUGGUACCAGACUCCCUGACUGUGUGGGUCACCUUCUUCAGCCCAGAGGAAACAGCACUGCCAGCUAUCCAUAACAUUUUGCUACUGACUGUCAGUGGGAACAACAUUUCAUUGGGCCCCAGUAACGUCUUCUGUGACACCCCUCUGACUCUGAAGCUGGACAUAGAGGAAGAGGUGUAUGGGGUACAGUUUUUCACUAUGGAGCAACACUUAGAGAUUGAUGCCACCCUCUUGGCAUCAAAGCCAGACAGCAUACUUUGCAGGCAUUGCCAACCACUGCGCUACCGCCUGUUGCGUCAACCCCCCUUCACCCAUGCACCACACGGUCUGAUGUUGAAUGAACCCACACGCCGAUAUACAGACAGGGAUGUGGCGCCACAUGUUGUGUACACCUACCAGGUCCAAACUAUCUCCAGCCGGAGUGAGAGUGAGCCCUCCCCACCUCUGGUACAUGAUCUGGGAGCACCCUACUGCGGGGAUGGACGCAUCCAGAGUUCCAAAGGAGAGGAAUGUGACGAUAUGAACUCAAUGAAUGGGGAUGGCUGCUCCAGUCAGUGCAAGAAAGAGCCCUUCUUUAACUGUGUUGAGGAGCCAAGCAUGUGUUACUAUUAUGAUGGUGAUGGAGUGUGUGAGGAUUUCGAGCGAGAGACGGGCGUGAGAGACUGUGGCCUCUACACCCCCAGUGGUUUCCUUGACCAGUGGGCCUCGAAUGUGGAAGUUUCCCAUGAGGAGAAGCCCUACUGCUCUGGUGAGGUGGCUGCUGGAUACCCUGCUGUUACUAAGACAUGUCAGUCCAAGGUGUUUGAUCUCUCAGAUGGAGUGUCCCAGUAUGCAUGGUUCCCCUGUCGUGAGGCUCACGAGUCAACCUGGGGAUACCCUAACUAUUGGCUCAAGGCCCACUUCUCUCAUCCCAUGGUGGCCGCAGCAGUGAUUAUACACCUGGCUGCUGAUGGGACUGGCUACCUUGACCAGACUCAGUGUAACAUCACCGUACAGCUGGUUGACACCAAGGAGGGCAUCCAUAGUCUUGGUGAGUGGCGUCUCAGCUGCCGCACCAACCCUUUGGUGAUCCCAGUGAGCCACGACCUGUCAGUGGCCUUCUACCACACCAAGGCUAUCCUGGUCAUGUUCGCCUCUCGCCUCGUGGCCAUCUCCGGAGUAGGCCUGCGCUCCUUCCAGUCCUUCGACCCCAUCACGAUAAGCGGUUGCCAGAGCAAUGAGAUCUACAACCCCACAGGCCAGAGUUGUGUACAUUAUUCGUGCGAAGCCAUUGACUGCCAGGAACCCUUAAUCCGCAAUGCAGAGCUCAAGUGCAGUAGCCCUGGCCGCCACUUCUACAAUGGAGACCGCUGCACCAUCUACUGCAACUCUGGAUACAUCCUGCAAGUCCACCAGGAUGAUGACAUCAUCAAGAGCCAGUCGGACUCUUCAGUGACUAUAACCUGUGCAAAUGGGAAGUGGAACAAACAGGUGUCGUGUGAGCCUGUGGACUGUGGUCUGCCAGACAAGUACCAUGUUCAUCCAGCCCAUUUCAACUUCUCAGAGGGCACCACCUACGGCAAGAAGAGCACCUUUCAGUGUCGAGAACCUGCCCAGCUCGUAGGUACAAACAACAGUCUUACCUGCCUAGAAGACGGUCUCUGGUCGUUCCCUGAGGCUCUUUGCGAGCUUCGCUGCCCAGCUCCUCCUCUUGUACCCAACGCUGUGCUGCAGACCAAGCGCUGCAACGAGACCGGCCUCAAAGUGGGCACGCUCUGCAAGUACAAGUGCAAGCCAGGCUACCAUGUCACUAACAAACCUAAGAGGCGUGCAUUCAAGCGCCAGUGCACGGAGGAUGGCAGCUGGCUUGAGGGGGCAUGCGAGCCAGUGACUUGUGAUCCGCCACCUCCCAUCUUCCACGGCUCCUAUCACUGUACUGACGGCUUCCGCUUUGACAGCGUGUGCAAACUCAACUGCUCUGAUCCUGCUGGUAAUACUGCUAUCACCGCCACAGGAGGCUCUGCCCAUACGGUGAGGCUGCUGCACGCUCCAUGCAAGCAGGGCGCAGGGUCCAAUGUGAUCCGCUGUAGGAAGGAUGGAAACUGGACAGGGUCAUUCCGCCUAUGCCCACACAGCAAAGGCCAGUGUUCUCUACCUCAAAACCUCCAUUAUAGCCUACAGUACUCAUGCAAGCGAGGACACGGCAUAGGUGAGGAGUGUGAGCUGACGUGCAGAGAGAGUAACAACGAUGUGGUGAUCCUCCCUAGCAACAUGACAGUAGAAAGUGUACUUAAAGAGCACUGGAGGAACCCGCACAAAGUCAAGAAUAUAGUCUGUACAAUGGGACUGAAAUGGUAUCCACACCCAGAAUUGCUCCACUGCCUCAAAGGAUGUGAGCCAUUCAUGGGAGACAACUACUGUGAUGCGGUCAACAACAGAGCCUUCUGUAACUAUGACGGAGGAGACUGCUGCCAAUCCACUGUCAAGACCAAGAAGGUGAUUCCAUUCCCCAUGUCCUGUGACAUACGGGAUGAGUGCUCCUGUCGGGAUCCGAAUGCUAUAGAAAACAGAAAGGAUGAACAUGUCCAUUCCCUGGGGUGACCAACCUGAGCAGGGACCUCUGUUCAACGUCCCAGGACCCUUGCUCCAACACAACACAGCCAGAGUGGCCGAGGCAGACCCCUCCUUCAUCCUCCUCUCGGGCUCCAAUUUCCUGCACAUGCUGCUUAACAGGCAUACCUCUCCAUCCAUACUGCAACCCCAACCAGCUGAAAUGCCUCCGCCUCCACAUCACAGAAAGAUCUAGAAUAGAGGAUGGGACUCAUGAGACUCCACAGAAAACUUCAUUUCUCAGCUAAAAGGAAAGUAAUCCUGCAAUAUCAUCAUUUAAAAAAACAAAACAUAUAUAGCAAGGAGAAAAAAAAUUACAUGAAACAGACAUUUUUUGAAAGAAGAAAACAAACAAACAAAAAAAACAAAAACAUAACCAAGCCUAGGUAGCAUGCCUUUUGUUCAGUUCUGUGCUGGCUUCAGUGUCUAUUUUAGUGACCUUGCUCUACAAUCACAUGAUUGAACCAAAGGUAAAUCAAAAUGUGCAAGUGGGGGAUUGUAUUGAUGUUGGCUUUGUGUUUUGCAAAUAUGAAGGAAAUCAAGACAAAUGAUAAAAAAUAAUCAUCAGACACUUUGAAGGCAUGUUCUCAACACCUUUUCGGAGGGGCUAGAAGUUUGUGCUUAUAUCAUUCCUGGUUUCAAACUGGUCAGACAUUCUGUAUCUCUACGUCCUUUUCAGUAAAGUGUGUUUUUUCAUGGGCACAUCAAAGGCUAUAGAGGUUUUUCCUAGCUUGGUGGGGAAUGAGACAGCCAUAUUGUUAAGUUUCAAGCCACAGAUUCAACCUAAAAGCCAAAAUAAAAUGCACAAACACACAAAAAAUGUCAACUAAUUGUUGAACAAUCACACACACAAUUUCCUAAGACAAUUUUAUACUAUACUGCAAAAUCCUGAAUGCAUAAUUAAAACAUUUUUAGCAUGGCUUCUGCUACUGUGUUUGCUGCUACCUGCCAUCUUCACAUCAUGAUAUCUAAUAGGGUUAGACAGCUGUGUCUGCCUUGCUGCUUACAGUACCUCUUUAUAGCAUUCAUUCACACUUGCAUGUUAGUCCAUAAUACAUUCAGAGAAUACAUGUUGACAACACCAUAUAUGAAAUGCACUAAGAACUUUAAAAAAAAAACCCAGAACCUCACUUGUUAUUCCCAUUCAACCCAACUGCCCAAGAAAAAUACUACAUACAUUGACCACGACUUAAAGAAUGUCAUCGUUAACACCUCACUUCGGGUUGGGCACUGAUUAUAAAAAUGUUUAAACUGAAAAUAAAAUGAUCCCAGCCCUGUUCAGAAUGUAGUCAAUGCUUGUCAGGAGUCUGUGGCUUUUUUGAUCGCACAGUACUGCACAGCACAGUCACACAAGAGUACAGAAAUAAAAGGGCUGGAUACAGGCCAUGGCUCUUAGUGAGAAUGAGUAUAGGUGGAGCGACCACAUCUGACACGUAGACACAUCUCUCAUUCUCUCCCCUCCCAGUAGUAUUGGACUCUCAGCUGUAGCUCUGCAAGCAACAAUGUUCUACAUGAAAAUGACAUUUGGAUGUAUAUGUCAACACAGCAUUUGCAGUCACAACAUGAUCAAAGGUCCCUAAGAUUCUCUGCUGGGUCUUGUGUUUAAGUAAUUAAUUUAACCGCUAUGUUUGUCUCUGCAGUAAAAAGUGCAAUUGGUUGUUCUGAUCAGCACUUUUCAGUAUUGUGAACUCGGGUGUCCGUCCCCACCAAUUAACGUCUUUAGAUUAUAUGGCUGCUACGUUAGCUUGUAUUUUGUUAUUCUUCAUUCCAAACACAUAUAGUUUUUCUCAUGCACAUUUGAUAAUGAAGGCUGCUUGGCAUAUUGGUCCAAAUUGUGCUGCUCUUAUUCGGCUGCGACCAUAGUCGUGGUUACAAUCAGCAUGAUUAUAACUUUCAUUUGGUUUGGGCCAAUGGCAAAGUCCCUCUGACUCAUAUUAGGCUGCUAUAGCAUUCCAGAUCAUCUUCAUAAAUCAUCAUAUACUACAAGCUGUACAAGUGGCAAUGUGAGACCAAUUUCAUGUCAUGUUACAACCAAUGUUAGUGAAGACAGUACCACAACAUGCAGAGAAAGUGAGAAGGUAUUAUUUUCCACCAAAUACAGAGACAGGAAAUCAAAAAAUAUCAUGUAAAUAUUACUAUAUGUUCUUGAUGGACAGGAGCGUUGAAAAAUGUUUUUUGUUUUCAUGUAUUUCAUUUUUACAAAAUGUCAUAUUUAAUCAGUGUUUGUAUUAUUGACCUCAGUUACUGCACUUUUUUUUUAGUUUCCAUGUAAGAAGAAAAAGUAUAUAUCUUUCGAAAAAUGUUUAGAAGCUGCUAUUGUCAGAAUGGUGAUCUGAAACAAACUGUAUGUUAUGAUAUUCAGUCGUUUGACUCCCUGUGUUGCUAUUAGCUUUCCUGUCAUUAGUGUUUUAUUUGUAUCCGGCCAUAGAUGCUCCUCUCCAACCUUAACUGACUUUGCAUUAGAGGUUAUCAAUAAAGUAGGGAGGUAUUGUCACUAUGAACCACGUACCCAUCCAUCCACCCAUCUAUCCAUCCAUCCAUCCAUCCAUCCAUCCAUCCAUCCAGGCCCCCAAUCCCCCCCCAACACAUUAAGUUUAGAAGUGUAUUUAAGGUCUAGCUAGACUGUAGGUUAGUUUGUCUUUUGUUUUGCCCUUGUGUGUGUAAUACAUCAUCAUCUUAGGUUAAAGGUGUAUAUUUUGGCAGAGAAACCAAGAGAUGUCAAAGGGGAAGGAAAAGCUUAAAUGAAGGAAUUCCCAUUAAACGGGACUCUUGAGAGACUUUGUAACUUUUAUGAAAUAUGAAACUUUGUAAGGACGUUGUAAAGGCUUCAUCAUCUACAAAGAUUGCAUUUAACACUUUAUAUGAAAACAUAUAUAGCCCUGGUUUUAAAAAAGACUUGUAUUAUGUUGAUAUUAUCAAAUAUGUAAUAUUAGUACUCCAGAUACUGCUGCUUUACAUAGAACUGUUACCAGUGGGGAGAGACUGAUCUGCAAUCACUACACUAUGCCAAUGACAUGCAGUACUGUGGUUCAUCAUCUGCCAUUGAGGUCACUGGAAAGCCAUUCUAGCCGUUUGAAUGGAUGAAUCCGAAAUCUGUCAUUGGAUCCUUCCCUUCAUUCUGUAAACUGAGUUAACAGAACCUGUCAUUGCUUCCACAUACUUUGACUAACUUAGAAAUAUCCUCCUCGACCGUUACUUGUAUCAUUAGUCAAUGUCUGGAUACCAAAACAACUCAGAAAGGCUACAGAAUGUGAUUGCAUGUCAACUUGAAAAAUGAUAUUCUUAAUAUUGGAGAAGGUACCCAUAAGCCAUAGCUAACCAAGAUAUUCAUGGAAGGAAGUAUAAGAUUACGCAUUGGAUGAGGACAUCACCUCUCUACUGUAGUCAUCACAGAAUCCCUUGCUGUACCUCAUGCCUGUAAUGUUUGCUGCUUCUAUAUUUUUGGUAUUUUAGUGAUAUUUUUGCGUCUCAUAACAAUGGUGUAAAUAGUAGAACUAUUUAUUGAGAGUGUUAUACUUUUUUAAGUUAUAUUUAAUGUCCAUGUAAGUUAUUUUUUACAUUGUUCUUAUAAACAAAAACAUUAUCGGUUGUGAGUCAAAACUGUCAUUUUGUCUCUGUCAUCACAUUCUGGUGUGAUCCUCGCCGUCAAGCAUUGAUCAGACCUACAGUACACUUCAGGCCCACAACCACACAGGAACUUGUCUCAUUGGUCAUUAAGUGUAGACAGACACUGCUUGUAUCCAAUGAGGAUUCACCACAUGUUCAAAUGUUACUGAGUGCAGUGUAUUUUUCUUUUCCUGUAAAACCAGAAUGUAAAGUUUUUUUUUUUUUCUUUAUUUGCUUUUUUUUUUUUUAUACAUGCACACAUUAGCCAUACAUACAAAGAGUUGUGAAAAAAGUAUAUAAUGGUCAAAUACAUAAACCCAUAAUAUAGCAAAUGAUGAAACCAGUGUAAGGCACAAGGUAUAUAUGUACACAGCCAGCUGAGGACAGGAGAAGUAGUAAAGAGGGAUCAAAAAUGAAGGGAAAUAAGGGACUGGAGGUCAGGAGGCAGCCGACGGUACCGAGUAUUCUUGGAUGGCGGAAAAGUAGAAGGUGGGCAGGGAGAGAGGUAGGGAUAGGUGGGCUGCUUUUCCUGGCCUGUCUAGCUAUUUGUCCAGGUGUGAAAAUGUGUACUCACAGAGGCUGCCCCUGGGCCAGGGGUGGCCGGCGCUGACUGGCAACAAGCCGAGGCCAAUGAGUCAGAGUUUCUCCUGGGGGUGGCAGCCAUCCCUUUCUGGGACUCCCACCACCCCCUUCCUCACCCCUCCCACCUCCCCACUCCUCGACACACUGCCUCAUCUGUCACUGUCAGGUAUGCCUACGCAGGGCUGCCAGGGUCAAGCUGGCCCUGUGAAAAUGAGAGAGGAUGUUUGCCCAGCUUACAGAGCCUUUUGAAGUUCGGCUGAAGGAACACAGCUCUCCUCACCUAGAGCGUAUGCUUAUCACAUCGUAUGAUUUGUAUAGCAGUCUUUUUUGACAGGCUUUGAUACCUCUCCACAUUUUCCACCAACAGUCGCUCCUUUGUUUCUAAUUUAACACCUGGUUGUUGUAUUGCUUGUCUAAAAAUGGCAGAAGCUUUGUCGUGUCUAACUCAUUACAAAGCGAUGGGGGAGUGUAAGAAAGAGUGUCUGAAGCCCUAAUAUUUUUGCUCAGAUCAUUGUGGAGAAAAAUACUGAUGUGCCAUCUUGUUGUAAGACAUUUUCUUUGUGUAUUGUAACACAUGAAGUACCUCUCACAGGCCUCUGGUUAUAGAAUGAUCCACUUAAUGUCUGUUUCCUAAUCCCUCAAUAAAUAAAAAAAGGUGAAUUGUCCUUUUUUCUAAGUGGGAAGUACAAAAAAAAGUGUAUUUACAUAUUACGUGGAUAUCUAGUGGUAUUACUGCGAUGUUUCGUACCCGAUUGCUCAACAAAUAUAUUUUAAGAUGUAAAUAAUAAUAUUAUAUGAUGAUUGUAUUUGCAAACCAUGUACUAACUGUUUGGGAGUAGCUCUUGGAUUGAUUUUUAUCAUAACUAUUAUACAAAGAGAUGAACCGUGAAUAUGUUGUGCAUUGUGUCAAAGUAUCACCUGCAAGACAGAAAAAAAAGAAGAAAAAAAAAGACCUGUGAUGCUUUACCACACCACUCGCUGUCAGCAUUUAUUUGUUCAUAAUGGCUUAGUACAAGCACUGUUGUCAGUUGUCUAAACCAUGAAUUUAUCCAUUGAGUCCUGAAUUAUUUAUUUGUUGUCAAGAUGAAUAAAAUCAUAAUGGUCAUUUCUGGGUCUUAGGAGUCUGUUGGAAUCGAUCCUCAUAAUCAAACUUGACUGAUCUUAUGCAUCGAAGAGUUCAUUUCAAAUUUGUCUGCAAACCGCUUUCAUUCCUCCUCACUCCAUACUGUAUAUUUGUCAAGUCUUAUCCCAAUGCCUUUGUGUUUGCUGAGAAUUUCACCAACACUGUAAAGGUAGCCAUCAGACUCAGUAGUCCCUCCCUCCCUCUGAUGGCCUCCUCUCUCUUUGGUUCUUACACAGUAUGCACUUUUUCAGGCACAUAUACAACAGAUUGGACUUUUAUGUUUCAGUCGAUGUUUCUCUCUGUUUUCACAGUUGCAAUUAUAUAUAUUUUUGGUGCUCUGGUACAUGGCAAAACAUGUCUGAUGUGUACUAUAUUUUCAUAAGGAAGAGUCAUAAAGAUGAGUAUCAUGUUCAUUUUGCUGUCAUUUAUUGUGUAGAAAUAAAACACUGGUUA